AUAUUUAUUCCCAACGUAUUAAGUGCUAGUAUAUUAUUCUAUUAAUCAUUUUAACAUAUAAUGCAAUUUUUCUAUAAAAGAUUUUUCCUUUUCCUUUUUCAUAAAGGUUUCCUGAACUUUUAUGGUACUAAUUACUAAACCACCAUCCUAAUAAUUUCCUAAAAAAAAACCACUAUCUCCCUAAAAAGGAAACAACAAGAUAAAAUACCAACACCCAAAAAGGAAAAAAUAGGAGCACCCAAAAUCCACCAUUAAAAUUAAAGUAUAAUUAUAUCAUUUCAUGUAUAGGAGGAGUAUCCUAAACAUAUCAUAUCCUACUUGUUAUUAUCAUUUAAUAAAAGAGAGAAUACAUACAGUAAAUUGAGUCAAUUCUUAAACGGUCAAUUCCAUACGGUUGUCAUUUUUCAAUAGAUAGUAUAUAGAUUCCCAUUUUGUCAUUAAAAUAUUCAUUAAGCCAGCCAGGUAAUGAGAUGCCUUUUCAAUAUCCAAUGCUACAAAUGUUCCAUAAUCAUAUUUCUACAUGCUUAUAUCUAUAUACAUAUAUAUAUAUGUUACAUGUAACCCCCAACUUUCACUAGUAUAGACUUACUCUGCUUUUCAUCAUGCCCAUUCCUCCAUAUAUACUUUCUCUUUCUCUUUCUCUCAAAGAAAGAUUAUUUCUCUUCUAAAGAAAAAACAGAGCAAAAUACAGAGAGAGAGAGAGAUGGGAGGUGGGAAUUCAUGGAGAAAGAUGAAGAACUCUCUAAACGACACCGUUUCAAAGAGCUUUAUAGGUAAAUACUUCAAGUUAGAAGCAAGAAAGAGUUGUUUCACCACAGAACUUCGAGCUGGGCUAGCCACUUUUCUCACCAUGGCUUAUAUUAUAACAGUCAACGCAACCAUCAUCGCCGACUCAGGAGGGACUUGUUCCGUUGCCGAUUGUUCCGCUCCGGUCAACCAGGCUGCCACGUCAGAUUGCAUGGUCACGCCCAACGCUGGUUACCAAGCUUGUCUUUCAACAACCAAGAGUGACCUCAUUGUGGCCACUGUUCUAUCAGCCAUGGUGGGUUCCAUUGCUAUGGGAGUCUUGGCCAACCUUCCUUUGGGCCUCGCUCCUGGAAUGGGCCCAAAUGCUUAUCUUGCUUAUAACUUGGUGGGCUUUCAUGGAACAGGCCCAAUGUCUUACCAAACCGCUCUAGCUGUGGUUUUGGUCGAGGGAUGUGUGUUUCUUGCUUUAUCUGCACUUGGGCUCAGGGCUAAGCUGGCUAGGCUCAUACCUCAUACGGUUCGGCUUGCUUGUGCUGCGGGAAUUGGGCUUUUUAUUGCCUUUGUGGGCCUUCAGGCCCACCAAGGAAUAGGCCUUAUUGGGCCGAACUCAUCUACAUUGGUUACCAUCACUGCUUGUUCCAAAACAAACCCAGAGACCGGUGAGUGCCUUGGUGGGACAAUGAGAAGCCCAACAUUUUGGUUGGGAUCAGUUGGUUUCUUAGUUACAAGUUAUGGCUUAAUGAGAAACAUUAAAGGUAGUAUGAUUUAUGGUAUUCUUUUUGUGACAUUGGUAUCAUGGUUUAGAAACACUUCUGUUACAUAUUUUCCUAGUAAUCCACUUGGUGACACAAAAUUUGAGUAUUUCAAAAAAGUGGUUGAUUUUCAUGAAAUCCAAAAAACAGCCGGGGCCAUUAGCUUUACAAACUUUAACACAAGUGAGGUUUGGGUGGCAUUAGUGACCUUAUUGUAUGUAGAUGUUAUGGCCACAACAGGCACAUUGUACACUAUGGCUGAAAUUGGAGGCUUUGUAAAUGAGCAAGGAAGCUUUGAAGGUGAGUACUUGGCAUACAUUGUUGAUGCAGGAUCAACUAUUGUUGGCUCAACACUAGGAGUUACAACAGUUGCCACAUACAUAGAAUCUGCGGCCGGGUUGAAAGAAGGCGGCCGGACGGGGUUAACAGCUGUUGUCAUCGGUUUCUGCUUCUUCGUUUCGCUUUUCUUCACUCCUCUUCUUUCAAGUGUUCCUCCAUGGGCCAUAGGGCCUUCACUCGUCAUGGUUGGUGUGAUGAUGAUGAAGGUGGUGAAGGACAUAGAUUGGAGCAACAUGAAAGGGGCAAUUCCUGCUUUUAUGACAAUACUACUGAUGCCACUUACAUAUUCAAUAUCAAAUGGUAUUAUUGCUGGGAUUGGGCUUCAUAUUGCUCUUAACAUGUAUGAUUAUUUUGUUGGGUUGAGUAAGUGGUUGAUGAUAAUGAGAAAAGUGUUUGUGAAAGAGCAUAAUCAAGUGUCUGCUACAACUGUUGCAGACCCAACCAUUGAAAUCAUCUAAAUGUAUAAACUUUCAAGGUGUGGUGGGAAUUGGGAAAUCUAGAAAGACUCAUUUUUAGAUUUGUAGACAUUAGUUGAUCUAUUAGCCAUUGGUGUACAAGGGAAUCUUUCAAAUUUCAAUGUUAACUUUGUAUAGACAUUGGUAGUGAAUCAAAAUGUGUAUUUGCUUUCAUCCGUACUUAUUUUGUAGUUUUGUCUGAGAUAGGCUGUGAGAAUAUAACUGUUGUACCUUUUUUUUUUAAUACAAAUAGAUGUAAAAUUAAGGACAAAGCUUAUAUGAGAUAAUAAAAAUUGGAGAAAUUCAAGAUCA